GAUGUCUGUUUUGUGGUCGGCUGCUCGGUCGGAAGGCGGGGUUCACAGUAGGAUAAAUUCCUGUUUGAAACUGCGGUGGAGUCACUAGUAGGUGUAACUUUCUCCAGAGUAAGAUCUCUCUUCGUGGACUUUGCGGGUUAACUACUUGAGUUGUCGUUUGAACGGCAGUGAAAAAGCGGACUAAUACUGGCUGCAAUUUCACCUGCGGGACAAGUCUAAUCGAAGCCCCUCGGGUUAGGUGUUGCAAGUAUCAAAAUGGAGCACAUGUCCUUAUUGUGCCUCUGUGCAUUGGUGGCCUUGUGCAGCCAUAAGGGGGUGCUGUCCCAAGCACCAUCUUACGGUGAAAGGGGCUCUGAUCUCGGCAUCCAGGUGUUUCAGCAAGUAGUUCAUGCCAAGCCCCUGGAAAAUGUGGUGCUCUCGCCUCAUGGGGUGGCUUCAAUCCUUGGCAUGCUGUUAUCUGGAGCCCACGGGGAAACGAGGAAGCAAAUCCUUAAUGCUCUCCGUUACAAGAAAAAUGGUCCUUACAAGAUGUUGAAGAAGCUGCAUAAGAACUUGACAGGCAAAGCCAACCAGGACAUUGUGCUGAUCGCAAAUGCUAUGUUCAGCCAGAAGGGUUUCCCCAUGCAGGAGGCGUUUGUGACUUCCAACAAAGAGAACUUCCAGUGUCAGAGCAGGAACCUGGACUUCAGCAACCCUGAUGCAGCAGCCGAUGAAGUCAAUGAGUGGGUCAACAAUAAAACCAAAGGUCACAUCCCCAGCUUGAUCAAAGCAGACAUGCUGAAUCCUGCUCUGACCCGUCUGGUCGUUGUCAACUCCAUCUACUUCAAAGGCUUGUGGAAGUCUCGCUUCCAGCCUGAGAACACCAAGAUGAGGACCUUCACCCGGGGCGAUGGAACCGAUACUAAAGUGCUAAUGAUGUCCCAGUUAUCAAUCUUUAACAUAGGCCUAGCCUCCACACCUCAGGGUCUCAAAUACAAGGUAAUUGAGCUUCCUUAUCAUGGCAACACCAUCAGCAUGCUAAUCGUUCUCCCGUCUGAAGAGGACACCCCUCUGUCUCGUGUCAUUCCUCACAUCAGCACAGCCACAGUGCAGAGCUGGACCAAACUGAUGCACAUGAGGAAAGUCCGUCUGCUCAUCCCAAAGUUUAUGGCUGAUGCAGAGGUGGAUUUGAAGGAUCCACUUUCAGCUCUGGGAAUCACGAACAUUUUCAGUGAGGACAAAGCUGACUUCAGACACCUCAGUUCGGAGCCUGUGUAUGUAUCCAAGGCACUCCAGAAAGCCAAAAUAAUCGUGAAUGAAGAUGGAACAAAAGCAGCAGCAGCCACUACUGCUAUUUUGUUGGCCCGUUCCUCCCCACCCUGGGUUACAGUGGACAGACCUUUUAUGUUCCUCAUCAGACAUAACCCGACAGGUACCAUCCUCUUCAUGGGCCAGAUCAACGAGCCUUGAGCGCAGCCCCGUCAUCAGCCAUAGCAUCAUUUACCACAGCAGGAUAUGCUUAUACACUGCCAUGUAUCAGAAUACAAAAUAAACAUAAACACACUCUUACAUAUACAGAACACACUUUGCUAAACAUGUUUGUACAAUGUGGAUAUAUGAUGUGAUUUGUUUUAAAUGUUGCUUUUUAUGCUACUUAUUUUCUGUAUUGCAUAACAUGCUGUAUAAAAUGUAUUUUGCUGACUAAAUUUUCCAACUGUUUUAAUUUUUUUUGUAUACUUUUUUUUUUUUUUUUUUUGAAUUGAUGACAUUUUUAAAAGACUUUGAAUGUCAGUUGUGUAUUUUCUCUUCUCUGGAGUAGGAUAAUCAGUUUAUUUAUCAUGUCAGUGUUUCCGUUUCGUGUUGUAACUCCAGUCUGUAUUAUGUUUCACUCCUAAGUUACAGCAAUAUUGAUGCUGUUGGAACGAUUUUGCUCAAUUUGUAAGUUUGCCAAAAUAAAUAAAGAUUCUCUAAUUUCUGGUCAGUUCA